AUGGCACAUGGACCCCUCGCUUCUGAAAUUGUAAAAAAAUCUAAGUUAGCGGUUGACAUGCUCCAGGGAGAUCUCCAGGGACUGAACUCUUCGCCUGGGGAAUGUGAAACCCAUACAUCAGCAGUGCGUCAAGCUAUCUUCCAUACGAUUGACAGGCACUUUACAAAGUUCGAGUGGUGCGAAAAACGCCAGAUAUGUGUAUCUUACGAAUGGCGCAAAGGGGAGGACGGGGGCAAGCGAGAUUCAUUGGGAUUACUCGCAGUCGGGUCGCCGCUUGCCAGAACGGCUCCUGAAAGGCACUCCGUGGCGUGA